GAGGGAUUGGCGCGUGCGCAGUCUGGGCCUUCCCAGCAGUCUCUAGAGCAAGAUGGCGCCGUGGGAAUCUGUACUGCAGACUGUUUGAGGGAAGGCCAAGUGACUAUCCACUGCCGUGUUCCAGCUCCGCGAGAAAGCAGAGGCUGAGCCCCGGCGGGUGCGAUGGCCGCUGUGGUGGCCAAGCGGGAAGGGCCGCCGUUCAUCAGUGAGGCAGCUGUGCGAGGCAACGCCGCGGUCCUGGAUUACUGCCGGACCUCAGUGUCAGCGCUGUCGGGGGCCACGGCCGGCAUCCUCGGCCUCACCGGCCUCUACGGCUUCAUCUUCUACCUGCUUGCCUCCAUCCUGCUCUCCCUGCUCUUAAUUCUCAAGGCGGGAAGGAGGUGGAACAAAUAUUUUAAGUCACGAAGACCUCUCUUUACAGGAGGUCUCAUCGGAGGCCUCUUCACCUACGUCCUGUUCUGGACAUUCCUCUAUGGCAUGGUGCACGUCUACUGAAAUGGGGGCAGGGAUGACUUUUUUAAAAAACCAGAUUGGGAAGACUGUUGCCAGAAAUUAACACCGUGUAGACUUACUUAGUUUUUGAAUUGUUGAAUUCGCUGCUUGUUCUGUAACGUUAUAAAUAACUUAUAUCAAAAGACGAAGAGCUUGUAAUAUUCUUCAGAUUAAAUGAAGCGUGAGACA